AAACCAAGCACUGCAGGCUUUGGAUCUCUUCUUCCUAUUGAAUUUGUGCUGUUGGUUUUGGACCAGAAGCUGCCAGCACACCUUGUUCUCGGUCAGUCCUUGCAUUGUUCACUGAUGCUGAGAUUGCUUUAGGUGAGGGAGACCAGGAUCAGUUUGCACAUUAUGGAAGAAAAGUUUGAUGUUGAAGAGAGCAACAGUUAACAUAACUGUGCAGUUAGUCCCAGAAACAGGUCUGCAACUGUGGGAAACUGCUUUCUUGCAGCGUUAUCUCGCUGAAGAUGCCUGUUACGCAGAAGAGGUAGAGCACUUUGCCCUUUCUGUCUCUUGUGAACUUUGACCAGUUGGUCAGGAUUGUUUAUAAAGCCGGGUGCUAAUUGCACUGCGUCUCAUUCCAGUGAACAAAGGUAUGCUGGCUUGCUUCCUCACUGUAGUGAGCGUCUCCAGGAGGAGAGGCACGAAGUGAAAUGGUCGAGGAGGAGGCGAAGAGCUUACCGAUGGAGCUGAGUGAGAAGGGGGGUGUGGAGAACAACGGGUUUGUUCAAAAUGAGGCUUUUGACGACAGGGAGACUGACACCAGCAGCCAAGAUGAAAUACCAAAAACGUGUGCUGUUGAUGUGAGCCCAGCGGCUGUGGCAGAGCCAGCACUGCAGCCCUACGCGGGGAUGCCGAAGGAGGUCCUGCUGAAGUUCUCCAGCCAAGCCCGGUACAGGGUCACCAGGGAGAUUCUCUUCUGGCUCAUCAUCGCCGCUGCCGUCCUGCUCGUGUCUGCCACGAUUGCCAUCAUUGCUCUGUCCCCAAAGUGCCUCGAUUGGUGGCAGGAUGGUCCUAUCUACCAGGUCUACCCUCGUUCUUUUAAGGACAGCGACAUGGAUGGGAAUGGUGAUCUGAAAGGUAUCCAAGAAAAGCUGGACCAUAUCUCACAUUUAAAUAUAAAAACCGUCUGGAUCACAUCUUUCUACAAGUCCCCCUUAAAAGACUCUGGCUAUGGAGCUGAAGACUUCUAUGAUAUUGAUCCCAUGUUUGGAUCAAUGCAUGAUUUUGAGGAUCUUCUUGCAUCCAUACACGAUAGAGGGUUAAAGGUGAUAAUGGAUUUCGUGCCAAACCACACGAGCGACAAGCACCAGUGGUUUCAGCUUAGUCGCAAUCGCACUGGGAAAUACACAGAUUACUACAUCUGGCAGGACUGCAUGCAGGCAGGGGCAGCCAUCAGUGCUCCCAACAACUGGGUGAGUGUCUAUGGGAAUUCCAGCUGGCAGUAUGAUGAUGUGAGAAAGCAGUGUUAUUUUCAUCAGUUUGGGAAAGAACAGCCGGACUUAAACUUCCGCAACCUUGCAGUUCAACAGGAAAUGCACGAUGUUAUCAAAUUUUGGCUUGGCAAAGGAGUGGAUGGAUUUAAUUUUGUUGCAGUUAGAUUUCUUCUAGAAGCCACACAUCUACGAGAUGAGCCGCAAGUGAACAAGUCUCAGAAUCCUGAGAGCAUCACAGCCUAUUCCGAGCUCUACCAUGACUACACAACCACCCAAGUUGGUAUGCAUGAUAUCAUCCGUAGCUUCCGCCAAACCAUGGAUCAAUACAGCAGCGAACCUGGCCGAUACAGAUUUAUGGGUUCUGAUGGUGAUGAAGACAUAGAAGCAACAAUGAUGUAUUAUGGAACAACUUUUGUCCAAGAAGCAGACUUCCCAUUCAAUUUCCACCUAAUAAACUUGAAAAAUCUAUCUGGUAACAGUGUCUUUGAAGCUGUCAAUGUGUGGAUGAAAAACAUGCCUGAAGGAAAAUGGCCAAACUGGGCGGUCGGAAGCCCGAACGCUGCUCGGAUUUCAUCUCGGUUUGGGAAUAAGUACGUCAACGUUAUAAACAUGCUGCUCUUAACCCUCCCUGGUACUCCUAUAACUUACUAUGGUGAAGAAAUAGGCAUGGAGAACAUUGCAUCAGAAAAUGUAACCUUUCCAGAGAAAUCCCCUAUGCAAUGGAAUGGCAAACCUAAUGCUGGUUUCACUGAAGGCAACAGUAGCUGGGUACCUGUUAACUCUGACUACCAAAGUGUCAAUGCUGAAGUUCAGAUGACCCAGUCCAACUCAACCCUGAAUUUGUUCAGAGAACUAACUCUACUUCGCAGCAGUGAGCUACCCAUACAUCGAGGGUGGAUGUGCUCCAUCUGGAACGAUAGUGAUGUUUUUGUGUACGUGAGGGAAUUGGAUGGGUUAGACAGUGUCUUUAUGAUGGUUCUCAAUUUUGGACAGGAAUCGACAAUAGAUCUGAAAGCUAUAGUUCCAAGCCUCCCAUCUGCAGCUGUUAUAAGACUAAGUACUAAUUUUAGCAAUACUGGUAAAGCUGUCGAUACCAAAAUAAUUAAAACUGAAAUAGGAGAAGGUCUGGUCCUUGAAUAUAAAACAGAAAAGCCUGUUCAUACUAUGGAAGCUUUUCGAGAAAACUGUUUUGUGGCUGAAAAAGCUUGUUAUUCCAGUGCCUUCAAUUUACUCUACGUGAACUGCUAAAUGCAAGAGUAGCUUUCAUGUUAACUUAGAAAAUGCUUGGUUCAGAGAAAUGCUAAUUCUUCUUGGCUUUUCAGGCUUGCUUUCUGUACACAAUAAACAGCUUGAAAAACAAAAUUAA